AUGAUCCAUUUUACUAAAUUGUUUACUUUACUUACUGCUGCUGGAGCAACUUCAAUUUGUAAUUCAUCUUCAUACUCUGUUGUAACAUCAUGUUAUACUUCAUUUUUAAACUUUUAUAAUUUAACUAUUUCAUCAUCAAUGAUGUUUCCAAAAUAUAAGACUUUUUUGGAAGCUCGAAGAAAUUAUGAAAUAAUAGGUUCAAUAGAUAAAUUAAAAGAAACUUGUACAAUACAAAAUUCCCUUACAUCAUGUCUUGGAAGUUCCGUUUCAUGUGUCAAUUCAGAAGAUUUGUUAAAAAUUUUUAAAUUCAAUAAGUCUGAUAAUGAAGAAUAUACUGGAGAUUACUAUAUGUCUAAUUAUAAAUGUACAACAGGAUAUCAAUUUUUGUUAAAUAAUUUUAAUUGCUUAGUAACAACUGAAGUUUUUGGUAUUGAUAAAAUUAAAGAAUGUUCAACUAAUUUUGAAAAUUCUCUUAAAUCUAAAGGAUGUGAAGCUGGAAAUGAUUUGAUUUCUUGUCUUAGUGGAGUUUAUUCUUCUUUUUGUGGACCAAAAGCAGCAGAUUUUGUUUGUAAUUUAGCUAAAAUUGAUAUGACAUAUGAUAUGCCAGAAUGUAAUGGAAAAUUUGUAAAAUGUAACCCAUUAUAA